UAAAUAGAUCUUUGAACGAGUUCAUUAGUUUACAGCGUUUUACACAAUCAAAGAGAAAAUGUUGUUCACCGCAAUCGUUGUAGUGCCCGUAUUAUUUCAAAUGUAUAAUAUCCACACUUCAAUGGCAACAGAACCGAUUUGUUCAAAAUUCUCUUUCGAAGAACAGUUAUUAGAGAAGAUGAUCCGGACGGAGGUUAAGGUAGAAAUGAUUCAAAGUGAAAUUAAGAAAACUGAAGAUAUUGUCUUGAAUACACUAAACGAAAUCAAGAAGACAGUUGCCGAUAUCACUGAAAAUGUUGGGGACUUUAGGAAUAACAUUACGGAAGAGAUGGAAGCAAAGAUUAUGGAUAUACAGAAGAAAGAAGAUUUGUUUCAGAAGACGCUUGAAGAACUAAAAAUAAACUUCAAGAAAGAUAUGGAGAAUGAAAGAAAUAUCUCCUCCGAAUUCCGAGAAAUGUUGACUUUGCCAUCUGUCGCAUUCCAUGCUCACCACGUGACAGAUACAAUCCUAGAUGUGACUGACGAGAUCAUCAAAUUCGAUAGCAUUAUAACUAAUGAGGGAUCGGGAUACGACAACUCAACCGGGAUCUUUACUGCACCUGUAGGGGGACUGUACCAAUUUACUGUCCAUAUUUGUUCAUAUAAAGGAAAACAUUCUCCUAUUGCCUUGGUGUUGGCUGGUAAAGAGAUUGCGAAAUCAGUUAUAUAUGAUAAGAAUGAAUCUUCAUGUUCCUCUUCAGGGACAAUAGUACGAAUGGAAUCAGGUGAAAAAAUAUGGAUAAAAUGUACCGCAGGAAGUUCUAGCUACCGGUUGUAUCAAGAUACCCACAGAAUGAACACCUUCAGUGGAAUUCUGCUAAGUAAAUAGGCAUUAAUCUACUUGAAAUAUGAAUUUUGACCUAGUUUUAAGUAAAUAAGGUACCAAA